CGAUUCACAUCUAGCGGCCAUCUUGGAAACUGCUCGAACAUUUUCUAUUCUCGUAUUUGCUGGUUGUAGCUAAUAUCUGCGAGCAAAUCAGUUCUAAACAUGGGCCGAUUGCGAAGGAAACGAAUGCAUAAAAAUGAUAAACACUUGAAAAAGAAAUACCGUACCAAACGUCGAACAAAAGACUUGGAUCAAAUCCACGUGGACAUGCAGCCACAGAACGCUGCCAAACUGAAAUCACAAGAGGUAGAUAUGGAUCUUCCUGGCGCUGGACAAUAUUACUGCAUACAAUGCGCGUAAGUUUUACCUGCAGUUACUGAUAAACGAGACACGUCUUCUUUGAUCAAGUAAGGCGAUACGCUCAUAAAAGCCUAGUGGUACUAGUGCCAAAUAAAUUAUUCUAAGUCUUAUUGGUUUUCUUGAGAUUUGUCUUGAAAACUAGGUUUUGGAAUUGUAGAAGGAAAGGCUAGCGAGAUUUUGGAUCGUAUUUUUAAAGGGAACUCGUUGUCUAAAGCAUUGAAAAUGUGAAGGAAAUAUCUUCAUUUUCCACUCAAUUAACCUAAUCUUCUGUGACCUGUCACGUCUGUGACUGAAUCUGUGAAGACAAGCAACUCAGCGGAACGGUGGUACCCCCCCCCCCUCCAAGACUAUUAAGAGGAGAGUCUCUUUAGCCUUUCUCUUUCUAGUCUCUAUUUAGUCUCUUUCUCUUUAGUCACUUCAAUUCAUGAAGUCAGGGGCCUCUUUCUUGAAAGCCCCAGUAUUUUUUUCCACCCAAAAUCAAAUAUUCAAAUCAAAUUAUAAAGAAUAAAAGCGUAUUGCUUCCUGGCUCUGGACAAUAUUACUGCAUACAAUGCGCGUAAGUUUUACCUGCAGUUUCUGAUAAACGAGACACGUUGUCUUUGAUCAAGUUGCGAUACGCUCAUAAAGUGGCAAGUAAUUAAUAUUCUAAGUCUUAUUGGUUUUCUUGAGAUUUGUCUUGAAAACUAGGUUUUGGAAUUGUAGAAGGAAAGGCUAGCGAGAUUUUGGAUCGUAUUUUUAAAGGGAACUCGUUGUCUUAAGCAUUGAAAAUGUGAAGGAAAUAUCUUCAUUUUCCACUCAAUUAACCUAAUCUCCUGUGACUAAAUCUGUGAAGACAAGCAACUCAGCGGAACGGUGGUACCCCCCCUCCAAGACUAUUAAGAGGAGAGUCUCUUUAGCCUUUCUCUUUCUAGUCUCUAUUUAGUCUCUUUCUCUUUAGUCACUUCAAUUCAUGAGUCAGGGUCCUCUUUCUUGAAAGCCCCAGUAUUUUUUUCCACCCAAAAUCAAAUAUUCAAAUCAAAUUAUAAAGAAUAAAAGCGUAUAUGUUAGCAAACAAUCAGUCCAUUUUGUUUUGUUAACUGAUAAUUUUUAUCUUGAUAUCUGCCGAACUAUUAAUGCCCUAUGUUAAAUGUAACAACAGCUUUCCUGGGUCAGUUAAUUAUUGGGACUUUCUACUUUUUUGGCCCCUUACUUGAAGAAGUGUUCUUUCAUUCCCAAUAAAGGAACUGGGAUAAUGACAUAGAAUCAAUAUUGUUCUCUUCACUUCAUUAACAGUGGCGUAUCCAGGGGAGGGGCCUGGGCUCCCCUCCCCCUUAUUUUUAGACCAAACUGAGGCCUGAAGGGCUGAAAAAAAUUCUUUGCAGACCGGCUCCCCCCCCUCCUUAUCUCAAGGUCUGGAUCCAGCACUGAUUAAAUAUUAGUGAGUUUCUUGAAACUGACUUUCCAGGAGUGGUUAUUUGACCCUUAAAUGCUGUUGUUGGUUCAUUUGUGGACCUUACAGUUAAGCAAAGUGAAGCGUACCCCUCAAGAUUCCAUUAAUGAAUUUAUCAUUCAGAAGUUGAAUCUGUUAGUCGUUGCAGCAACCAAUACCAAAUUCAAAUCUGCAUUCCGGCAUGUGUAAUGAGCAGUAAAUUUUAUUAUAAUAACUUCUCUUUAUUCGGUCUGUUUGAAGAAUAUUUGAAUGGAUAAAAUUGCUUUAAAGGCAUUGAUUUCACAUCAAAUUCAAGAAAACUGACUUGGUAGAAAGUUCAUAACAACCUUGCAUGUGAAUUCACUGCUCGUUAUGCAUGCGGGAAUUAUGCAGAAAUGAAUUUGAAAUCUACAACUACCAACAGAUUCAAUUUUCAACUUAUGAAUUCAUUAAUGGAAUCUUGGGGAGGUACGCUUUACCUGGCUUGCUUGUAAGCUGUUGUUGAUAUCAAUAUAUCAUCAAUAAUUGCGUGACAGUAGUCCAAGUGCACAAGCAGGGGUAAUGAAAAAAAAAAUGCACUUUCUAUUUGAGUGUCAAUGUAUUUAGCGCGAAAGUGCUAAUUGGGGACACUAUUUUUACGUCUCCUAAUGGAGACGAGACCGCCAUUUUACGUGGUCAUCCGAGCCACGCGAAGGUCUCGCCUCUUGCAGUGCAAAGGAAGUACCUUCAUUUCUCAGUCAUUUUAAGACCCUGAGUAAUGGGCCGGCCCUGGGAAUCGAACCCGCGACCUCCCGCUCUGCAGUCGAACGCUCUACCGACUGAGCUAAUCCUGUCGUGAAAAAUGUCUUCUUUCUAAAAUUAUCCCAAAUCAGAGACAAUGAGUUACACAGCGUAUUUCUUCCCUCUCUGAAUAGUUAUAUAUAUGUAUAUUUAUCAGAUAAAACCACAGACAUGUAAUGUGCACUUGUCCAGGCUAGACUCCGUCCAGACAAAACAUAUAUGCACCUAGUUUCUGACCAGGUUUUGAAGAAGUCUUUGUUCAAUACAUGUUCCAUUUUUCAUGCCAUGUAGUUUUUUGAAUAGGUCUGAAAAUACUGGGUGAUUGGGUGUGAUUGCUGCAUUUCCAUCACCAGCCCUUUACUUCCCCACAUUCAAUGAAUUACAGGGUAUUCUGUUUCAUCCCUGGUCGGGAUUCUUUCUGUAUGGAUAAGUCCAGAGGACUAUUUUGCCCUAACUAGUUAUAAACAUGGGGUAUGAGUUUAAGAGUUGUAUUCCACUCAAUCUUUACUAAGAAAUUUUUAGCAAUAAAGUCUUAAGGUAUGGAUGCUGAACUUUUUUUUUUUCCUUUUUAGGAGAUACUUUGUUGAUGAUAAGUCAUUAAAAGAUCACAUACGAUCAAGAGUUCACCGGAAGAAGUAAGUUGCUAUGAGGUUCUCAAUGGGGUUAAAUGUCAGCUGUCAAAAUUGGAAAAAUUUUACUGUCAACUGUUACAGCUAGCACCCCAUUGAGACCCUGUGCCAUGUCAGGCACAGUAGUGGUGCCAAAGAGAAAUGCCUUUAAAACAGAUGGUGAAAGUUAGGUCUAAACAGUAUUACUGCAUAGUGGUGGAGGACAGGAAGGUGAGACUACAGGUGUGUUUUUCUGGCACCAAUCAGAAGCCAGAACGGCCGCGACCGUUUGGAACUGGUCUGGUAAGACAUUGUCCCCAGGGGCUCUUCUCGCCCUUCUUUACUUUUCUUCGUGCCAUAUUUUUCCGCCCGUUUAGACUUUCCCUCGUCCCCACUAUCUGCCCCUGGGUCUCCGAGGAUGAAGACCUCCCCAAAUGUACACUUUUGAGUGGAGCACCUCUCUCUCUUCCUUUUUCCCCUCCCACCCCUGUACCCACUCUUACCACCCCCCCCUCUCAUCACCAGUGUCAGUUCUGACUUGGGAUUUUUCUCCUUUGUCAGGGUGAAAAUGUUAAAGGAAGUGCCAUACACACCAGAAGAAGCUGAGAGAGCAGCUGGAAUGGGAUCAUACACACUUACAUCAACAAAACCUUUAUUACCUGUUGAUCAGGAUGAAGAAAUGAAGAGUGGAGAAAAUAUUGAAAACCUUGACACUUGAAAUCAUACUGGAUACUAUUGUGAACAAAUUAAAAUAAUUAUUGAUGCUUUCAGGUUCUUUUUUUCUGAUUAUCUUUUUUUAUCACUUAGAAGACAUCGAGAGUUUGUACUAUACAGGGCCUUGACUGUUUUAUAAAGAAACAACAGUGAAUGCAUGGUUGUUGGUACAAUGUUGUAGGUAUUUUAGGUUUUGUUUUUGUCCUAGACUCAGUUAGGUUAAGCUCUUACCCGUAGUACAUGAAAUAAUGCAGUACUUUCCUUGAAAAGUUCACGAGAGUAGCAUCAAAUUAUCACAUUAUGGUAUGAGCGUAAGGACAACAAGACAGCA